AUGGCGCCGCCCAAGCCUGAGCAACCGCUGUCGGUGCCGCCACCGCAGCAGUCCCAACCGCCGGCACAACAGCCCAAGGACAGCACCGCGAUUGUCACCGUCAACAUCGACGACUUCACCAGAACACGCGAUAGCUGGCGGUAUCCCCGCCUUGCGCCCGCACUGAACACCUCCUGGCUCUCCCCGCAUGAUUAUUUCACUUCUCAAUUGCAAAUUGACCGACCUCAGACCGCUAAUUUUCUUUCUCAGGUUAUCUUCGCGCUUGCAUCUCUCCAAUCGGCCGUUUCCGACCUCUCCAAGGCUUACAUCAACCAUGCCAAUACGGUCUUAAAUCGCAACCCAUCUUCGCUUGAUCUAGGUGGAAUCACCACCAACCUGCUUGAGAAUGGCCUGCUUCCCGUCCCGCGACCCCAUAGCCCAGCGGGUGAUGGCGAUCGGAAGAAGAAGCGCAAGCGCGCCCCUCCGGAUCCCAAUGCGCCAAAACGGGCACUGACUCCAUACUUUCUGUAUAUGCACCACAAUCGCCAGAAAAUCGCAAGCGAGCUGGGUGAGAACGCCCGGCCUAAAGAGGUGGCUGAUGAGGGCACAAAACGCUGGGCGCGCAUGAGCUCUCAGGAGAGAGAGGUAAGCUUUCUGCAAGUAUCCGCUGUUGAACACUACAUAUCAACUAACCGGCGUCGUCUUCUUUAUCUCAAGACUUGGCAAAGCCUCUACAAACAGAAUCUUGAUGUCUACAAGGCCAAGAUGCGUGCCUACAAAGCCGGCCUGUCUGUUCCCGAAGACGAAGCGGUCAAUGAGGCCGUGGCAGCCCAGCAACAAUUGCACGAAGGGGUCCGCCAGGCCACCGAAGAGACCUCUGAUGAAUCCACAUCAUCGUCCUCUGACGAGGGAGACGAAACCCCCGAGCCCAUUCGCGAACCGACGCCGCCCCGUUCGUCUAAGCGGCGCCGCACCAUCGACCUCAAGAGCGUGUUAGCCCCUGCUCCCUCUCCACCAAAGAGCUCACCUGCCAAGAAAGCUUCACCAGAGAAGAAGAAGAAGGCAGCGAAAACCCCAACGACGGAGGAGAAGCCCAAGCGUGCGCCUGUUGCUGUUGCCGAGACUUCCAAGCCUGAAAAACGGACCCGCAAGAAGCGCAAGAGUGAAGCUGCUGAGUAA